AGAAGUAAGAAUGGAAUCCCAAUCAUCUCAUUCUCUUCCAACUCCAUCCGAAUCACCAGAAAUGAUCGACUCUGAAACGCGAGAAGCUGCUACUAGCCGCAAACGAGCAAGGAACAAGUCAGCAGCACUUAAGCCUCCUGUUUCUGAACCUCGAAGCAUCUUUUGGAAUCAUUGUGUAAAAGGGUCAAGGACCUUGCUGGAUGGCACCAUCCAACCAAUUGGAACUUGCAAGUAUUGUCAAACACAGAUCCCAGCGAGUCAUGGAAGCACUAGCGGCUUGAAAAACCACUUAGAGAAGAGGUGCAAAUUAAGUCCCCUAUACAAAGCAAGUGAAAAUGACAAGAAUCAGCCUGUAUUGACAAAUGUGACAAUGGGGCAGGUUAGUGAAUUAGUUUCUCAUACUUUCAAUCAAAAAAGGUGUGAGUUAAAGCUUACUGAAUAUGUUAUUAUCGAUGAGAUGUCAUUCCGAGCUGUUGAAGGGAAGGGCUUUGUAAGUCUUGUGCAUGAAUUGCAACCAAGAUUCAGAAUCCCAGAUCGUAAGAAGGUGGCAGUUUAGGCAAAAGGGUUGUCGAUCCAUUUAGAAGCAGUUUAAGUCCUAAAAUGGUUGAAGCUUUGGUUUGUACGAAUGAUUGGUUAAGAGCAGAGGAUUUCAGCUUUUAUAAGGAUCCAACUGAUGAUGACCUUGCCUUGUAUAAAGAGAUUGAAGAAAUUGAAAAGAAUGCAAAUGCGACUCAGGAACAUUCUCAGACCUCUUCUCAGGCAUAGGCAUGUUCCAGUUUUCAGCUGGCAGUAUGAUUACCAAUGGAGCUCAAGGAAUUCAAACGAUAGCCCACAAGUGCAGUGAUCAUGUGGAUUUCACAUUUCAGGCUCCAUCUUUAUUGCUUUAAUGAAUUCUAUGCUAAAUAUGUAUUUGAAGUUCAAAUUGUAAACUGAUAUUUUGUUGGAAUUACUCUGCUUUGACAUUUUAAAGGGAUGCCUUGAAGCCUUUAUUCUUGAAUAGCCAUUGACUACUCUUAACUGAUUCUGUGUGGCAUCAAUAUCUAUA